CAAGUCCCUUUCUUCUUCACUUCCACUACUGAACGACUUUCUCACAAUCAAGUGUUUGACAACAACUCCCUAAACCCCCACUGUCCACCUUACCUACACCUCUAAUACUCCUCAUCUCCUCUUAUCACUUCAGCCCCGCCUUCGGUCGACUUUGUGCACCUUACCACUCCUCAAUCCUCCUCCGCAUCUACACAGAACACCAGAUCUAAGCCAUGGCGUUGAAGCGUAUCAACAAGGAACUCGCAGACCUUGGCCGUGAUCCUCCUUCAUCAUGCUCGGCAGGCCCUAUGGGAGAUGAUUUGUUUCACUGGCAAGCAACCAUCAUGGGUCCUAGUGACAGCCCUUUCCAAGGCGGUGUAUUCUUCCUGUCCAUCCACUUCCCGACAGACUACCCCUUCAAGCCACCGAAGGUCAACUUCACAACCCGAAUCUAUCAUCCCAACAUCAAUUCAAACGGCAGUAUCUGUCUGGACAUUCUCCGAGACCAAUGGAGCCCGGCAUUAACGAUAUCGAAAGUUCUCCUUUCCAUCUGCUCUAUGCUCACAGACCCGAACCCUGACGACCCUCUCGUUCCGGAAAUUGCCCAUGUGUACAAGACCGAUCGCGCUCGAUACGAGGCAACUGCGAGGGAAUGGACGAGAAAGUUUGCAAUCUAAUUUUUGAGCUGGGUGAAAAGUGUUGACUGGUCUGCGCUCGAUUCACGGCAUGAUUUCAGUGCACUGGUUGGAAACCCGGGUUUGCUGUGCAGCAAAAGGCAAAGACUGCAACGACGAAUUCUGUUUCGUGGGGGGCGAUGGUGCGAAAUGCACUUCAGAGAAUGCGAUGAGAGCCACCGGAGACACGGGCGUAGACGAUGCAAAGGGGUGCCGUGUGCCAAUGGCACGAUCUGGGAUGAACUGUUAUGAUGCAUUACAUUAAGGGCGUGCUUUAGGGAUAACAACGUGCUUCUGCUAUCCAGAUUAUUGCCAAUCAUCUUGUUUCUAUCGCUCGUUCUUUGUCAGCUGCUGCACGUUGGUCCGGAGCCAUCGAUGACGAUUGUGACUGAACACCGUUGCCACUAUGUCUAGAGUCUGCCCGACGGAGGAUCUGUCCAGGCCCAUUGGAGGAUUGCAAAGUUCCAAUAGAAGACAUGUCAGCGACUUGACAUGUACGGAAUCCUCGUACAGCAUGACUGAUGUUCUUGGCUUUUUGCGACCACCGUCGCCUUCGGAUGGAGCCGGUAGACAUGGCGUAGGAGGCACUGAUAGCCCGUCUCUAGAGCCGUACUCGUAGG